AUGGAACAAUCUGCAAGCAGUUCAGCAGCCAUGAAUAGUGACCGCAAGUCUCGCCAUAGAUGCAGAAACAUCUGUUUUGCAACCAUGGGUGUUUUAUUAUUCUUAAUAAUCCUUAUAAUAAUUUUAAUUUUCACGGUCUUCAAGCCCAAAACACCCACUACAACGAUCAACUCGGUCACCUUAGCCAACCUGAAGUUUUCCCUGGAUUUGACGAAGCUCCAGGCGCUGUUCAACGCCACCCUGGACGUGGAUCUCUCGAUCAAGAACUCGAACAAAGUGGGUUUCAAGUACGCCGACUCGACCGCUUAUUUGAAUUACAGGGACCGGAAAGUAGGCGAAGCCGCAAUUCCAGCCGGUAAGAUUUCUGCAGAUGAUACGGCUGCAAUGAAUCUGACGGUGACGAUCAUGGCGGAUCGGUUCAUAUCGGAUUCAAAAUUUUUUGGUGAUGUUGCGGGUGGUGAACUGCCUUUGAACACUUUUGCAGCGGUUUCAGGCAAGGUUAAUGUAUUGAAUCUGUUUAAGAUCCAUGUUGUUUCUACAGCUUCAUGCGAUGUCAUUGUCUUUUUGUCAAAUUCAACUGUUGGAGACCAAAACUGCAAAUAUAACUAUAAGUUGUAA